UUUCUCAUUUAACAAUAUCGAAAUAUUGGGUUUCAAAAUACAUUGCAAUUCCGAUUUUAUUAAUUUGAAAUAGCAUAUUGAAACAAAAUUGCAACAUUCCAUUGGUGAAAUUAUAUAUGAACUUUCAUUAUUUAAUGGAUCUAAUUGAUGUUAGUCCUAAUGGUGUAGUACUCCUCCAAGAAGAAAAUGAAGAAGGCAUCUAAUUAAAAACACAGAGACGAAAGAAAAAGAAGAGAGAGCGUGAGAGGAAGAGUCCAAAGGAAUCAAUGGCGACGAGUACCAAUAGCAGCAACAGCAGCCAGCCCUACAAACCAUACCGUCAUCUCAAAACCCUAACAGCCCACAAUCUCGCCGUCUCCUGCGUCAAAUUCUCCAACGACGGAACACUUCUCGCCUCCGGCUCCCUCGACAAAACCCUAAUCAUCUGGUCCUCCGCCACACUCUCUCUCCUCCACCGCCUAACCGGCCACUCCGAAGGCAUCUCCGACAUCGCCUGGUCAUCCGACUCCCACUACGUCUGCUCCGCCUCCGACGACCGCACCCUCCGCAUCUGGGACGCCAACACCGGCGACUGCGUCAAAAUCCUCCGCGGCCACACGCACAUCGUUUUCUGCGUCAAUUUCAAUCCUCAGUCCAAUUACAUCGUCUCUGGCUCGUUUGAUGAAACCGUUAGGGUUUGGGAAGUGAAGACCGGGAAGUGUAUUCAUGUUAUCAAAGCUCAUGAUAUGCCUGUUACUUCCGUUCACUUCAAUCGCGACGGUUCGCUUAUCGUUUCCGGUAGUCAUGACGGGUCUUGUAAGAUUUGGGAUACGAAUGCCGGUGCUCUGUUGAAGACUCUGAUCGAUGAUAAGCUUCCAGCUGUUUCGUUUGCCAGAUUCUCGCCUAAUGGAAAGUUCAUACUCGUUGCUACUCUCAAUAAUACCCUUAAGCUAUGGAACUAUGCUACUGGGAAGUUUUUGAAAAUAUAUUCCGGCCAUGAGAAUAAGGUGUACUGUGUAACUUCCGCAUUUUCUGUGACAAAUGGGAAAUACAUUGUGAGCGGUUCAGAAGAUCGAUGUGUUUAUCUGUGGGAUCUUCAAAUGAGAAACUUGAUCCAGAAACUCGAAGGCCAUACAGAUACUGUUAUAGCUGUUUCCUGCCACCCAAGAGAGAACAAAAUUGCUUCUGCUGGCCUUGAUGGUGAUAGAACUGUGAGGAUUUGGGUGCAGGAUUCUUGAAUAAAGGCAAAAUUUUAAGGGAAUAUAUAUAGCUCUUUUGUCAUACAAACUGAGUUAAUUAGAAGAACUUACCAUAUUUACAUUUUUCAUUAAUUAAAUGGGUAAAAUCUAUUGGUUAUGGCUCUGUGGAGAUUAAAAUUAGAGUUGUAUAUAGCAAAAAAGAA